GAUUCUCAGCGUCCUCUCCAGUGGAGGACAGAAGCCCUCCCAGGGUCGCGGGAGAGCCAGCGCAAAGUGGAAGGCACCUUGUACGCUGUGAAGCGGAGAUGCAGAUGUUACCCUAACCAGAAGCCCACCCCGCCACAAAUACUGGAGCGCCCAACAUGCGUGCGCCACCCGCUUCCCUGCAGAGGGCGCCGCGGGCCCGCCUCGCCGAGCGCGGGGUGAGAUCCCAGUAGCCCAGAGCAGCCCGCGGGGCAGGCCCGGGCUGCCGCGGACUCCUCUUGAAAAGCCUUUGAUGCUGUAUUCUUAGCACAUGGAACCCUAAACCAAAGCCUGCACUGGGGCAUUUGUGAGAAGCGUGUGUGCAAAGCCUGAGAGACUCCCCUGUUGGGCAUGCUGCUGGGCAGGGGUGUUCUGGUUUGACUUUGUACAUCCUUCUGCCAUGUGAGGAUGUGGCACAAAGUUGCCAUUUGGGAGCAGAAACUGGACCCUCACCAGACACCAGACCUGCCAGAGUUUAAGAGCAUUAGAGGCCACGGCUGGACUAGAACUCCAAGGUUCAAAUGAGUCUCCUGCCUCAGACUCCUCAGUAGCUGAGACUGCUGGGGUGCACAACCACACCCACCUAGAAAGUGGAUCCACUGGUGUUGAUGAAUGGAGUAAUCCACAAGCCGGAGGAUCUGGUGGAAACAUCGGUGCUCACACAUCACAUUCCAGUCUUUGUGUUUGAUGUUGGACAGAAAACUUGGAAAUCUUAUGAUUGGUCACAGAUUACAACUGUGGCAACAUUUGGAAAAUAUGACUCAGAACUUAUGUGCUACGCUCAUUCAAAAGGAGCCAGAGUAGUACUUAAAGGAGAUGUAUCCUUAAAGGAUAUCAUUGAUCCUGCUUUCAGAGCAUCCUGGAUAGCUCAAAAACUUAAUUUGGCCAAAACACAAUAUAUGGAUGGAAUUAAUAUAGAUAUAGAGCAAGAAGUUAAUUGUUUAUCACCUGAAUAUGACGCAUUAACUGCUUUAGUCAAAGAAACUACAGACUCUUUCCAUCGUGAAAUUGAGGGAUCACAGGUAACCUUUGAUGUAGCUUGGUCUCCAAACAACAUAGACAGAAGAUGCUAUAAUUAUACUGGAAUCGCAGAUGCUUGUGACUUCCUCUUUGUGAUGUCUUAUGAUGAACAAAGUCAGAUCUGGUCAGAAUGUAUUGCAGCAGCCAAUGCUCCCUAUAAUCAGACAUUAACUGGAUAUAAUGACUACAUCAAGAUGAGCAUUAAUCCUAAGAAACUUGUGAUGGGUGUUCCUUGGUAUGGUUAUGAUUAUACCUGCCUGAAUCUGUCUGAGGAUCAUGUUUGUACCAUUGCAAAAGUCCCUUUCCGGGGGGCUCCUUGUAGUGACGCUGCAGGACGUCAGGUGCCCUACAAAACGAUCAUGAAGCAAAUAAAUAGUUCUAUUUCUGGAAACCUAUGGGAUAAAGAUCAGCAGGCUCCUUAUUAUAACUAUAAAGAUCCUGCUGGCCACUUUCAUCAAGUAUGGUAUGAUAACCCUCAGAGUAUUUCUUUAAAGGCAACAUAUAUACAAAACUAUCGCUUACGGGGCAUUGGCAUGUGGAAUGCAAACUGUCUUGACUACUCUGGAGAUGCUGUAGCCAAACAGCAAACUGAAGAAAUGUGGGAAGUCUUAAAGCCAAAACUGUUACAGAGAUGAACAUCUUUUGUCAAACCAUUAAGAGUUAGAAAAAUGAUCUGUAUAAACAGAUCUAGUUUCUUGCAUUUUUAUUAUGUUGCUAUAUACUUUUGUUAUCCGUAUACUAAAAAAAUAAAGAAUAAAUAAAUGUUUUGAUUGUUUGAAUUUGAAAAAUACACACGAAUGUCCUCAGUAUCCAGGAACAUAAAGGCAAGAAGCAAGUCAACUUACCUAUUAAAUAUUCCUCUAUUAGAUGUUUCAACACCAUAAUUUAAUUGGGAAAAAUUGCUUUCAGAAUUUUAUUAUGCCAUAUUUCCCUUCAUUAUAGUAAAAUAUAUGCUCACGAAUCAAUGCUGAUUUUUAAAAUAUGUAUAAUCUGAAGUGGAAAUUGUUUGCUUAGAGUUUUUAAAAACCUAGUCUUUGAAAAGCAGUUGUGCUAUACUUUUCCCCCAACCCUCCAAUAAAUCUUAAAUUUAAAACCUACAA